UCUUCAUUCUGGACACCCUAUUGGAUAUAUUAAACAUAUCGUCACGGUAUUUGCUGCUCCCACAACAGGAAAGACUGAGGUCACACAUCAGCCAAGGAGGAUGGCUUCUCUGAAACUGGCCGCUUAUCGGUUACCACCUUUGCCCACCAUUGGGGAGAUCAUCAAACUGUAUAAUCUAAAGGCAGAGAAGCAACUUUCCCAGAAUUUCCUCUUGGACAUGAGACUUACAGAUAAGAUUAUCCGCCAAGCAGGAAUCUUAAAGGACAUGCAUGUGUGUGAAGUGGGGCCUGGACCUGGGGGUCUCACCAGGUCAAUUCUAAACGCUGGGGCAGCAGACUUAUUAGUGGUGGAGAAGGAUAUCCGAUUUAUUCCUGGAUUACAGCUUUUGUCCGAGGCUGCCCCUGGGAGAAUGAGAAUAGCACAUGGAGAUAUUCUGACAUACAGACUUGACAGAGUGUUCCCAGCGCACAUAGCCAAGACAUGGGAAGAUGUACCGCCCAAUUUACACAUCAUUGGAAACUUGCCCUUUAGUGUGUCAACUCCUCUCCUUAUAAAGUGGCUAGAGCAGAUGUCCAACAGAAGUGGCCCCUUUAUGUUUGGUCGUACGAGGCUCACACUGACCUUCCAGAAAGAGGUGGCUGAAAGGUUAACAGCCAGCAAAGGAAGCCGUCAACGUAGCCGUCUCUCUGUCAUGGCACAAUAUCUCUGCACUGUCAAAAAGUGUUUCACCAUCCCAGGACGUGCCUUUGUUCCAAAACCAGAUGUGGAUGUGGGGGUGGUGCACUUCACUCCGCUGGCUCAGCCCCAGAUUCAGCAGCCAUUCAAGCUGGUCGAGAGGAUUGUCAGGAACGCCUUCCAGUUUCGGAGGAAGCACUGCCGCAGAGGGCUCGAAAUGCUGUUUCCAGAGUCUCAGCGUCAGGAAUUAUCAGAGCAGUUGCUGCACAGUGCUGAUGUGGAUCCCACACUGCGGCCCACAGAGCUAUCUAUUUCUGAAUUCAGGGCUUUAGUAGACGCCUACAGCAGGCUAUGUCAGGAGCACGAAGGCCUCAAUGACUAUGAAUUCAGAGAGGAACUGAGACUCAAGCAUAAAACCAAGUGGGCAGCAGGCAACAGUAAAGAGGCUCACCUUCAAACCACAAUGGAAGGACAUCCUAAUAAUGGCUGCUAACGUAGGAGACAGUCGAAUUUAUUAUAAGGAAAAUGUUACCAUUAUGACUAUGAAUUUCUUACUCAAUCUUUAUCUUAAAAAUUAUGCUCCAGAUUAGCCGAUGGACAUUCCGCAUGCAAUCUAAAGAUGCUUCAUCGGCUAAACUGUUUGCCCAUUGUAUUUGACACUCUGCCAGGGCAUUGUGAAUUAAAGGAUUAAGACAAAU